AUGGCACAGUCUGGACUUUCAUCAACAUGGGGGCCAGGGAAUGGUGAUGGUUCUGCUGCCUCUGGUAGCCGCCGAAAGAAGGUUUACGACUAUCUCAAAGCGGCCAAUGAGCUACGCCAGGCCUACACCUCACAAUGGUCUGGGCAGAGGAAUGAACACGAUGAGGACUACUACAGUACCCCUGGUGCCUUCCCGGAUGUGGAAAUUUCGCGGUCGGGCGACGAGGAGAUGGUGGUUUUUCCCAGUUAUGCUAGGAAAUUAACAGAGAAGAAGACCUCCGAUAAUAGCACACGUUCGCGACGGGCGUCAUGGUCAGAAACUAUCGAUGAAUACAGGGGUACAGCUCAUGAGGACGAUGAACCACCCACACCUAUAUGGGAUGCAACAGAGACUGAAGAUGCAGUCGUGGCCGUUGACGUGCGUGGCUGGAUUUACUCUCCUGGCCGGGGCCCGAUGAGCCGGAAACACCGGUUGAUGAUUGCACUAGCCAGGAAGCUGAGCGGGAUCUCUGCACCAAGCGCAAAUGGAAAUGCAAAUAAUGAAAGUGACGACAAGGUUUCUGGAAAGGGAGAUGAUGAAUACAUCGAUAAGGAGAUGCAAACAUUAGUCGCACAUGCUGAGAAGGAAGCAGACCCGGCUUGGAAAGGCUCGCAUGCGGAGCAAACACAACAUCAUGCUGCACCAUUGAGUAAAGACCAACUAUCUAUUGCAAAUGCCCAUCUGAUGGAAAGACUUCGUCCGUUCUUGACGAAUCCAGUUGGGAGCAUGCCAGUGACAGCGUUCUUUUUCAACGACGAUGAGAGCAAGUCUCGAAAUCUCACGACAGAUGAAUCAGGUCAUUUUACUCUGCGUGCUACACUGCCUUUUGUGCCAACUCAUAUUCGGGUGCUGGCAUCUGAAGACCUCUCCGUCGUCAGGCCGAUUGAGGUCAUUGAUCCGGUUGGAAUCAGUUUGAUCAGCGACAUUGAUGACACAGUUAAGCACUCAGCCAUUGCAAGUGGAGCAAAAGAAAUGUUCCGAAACACCUUCGUCCGUGAAUUAAAUGAACUUACAGUCGAGGGAGUCAGCGAUUGGUACUGCAAACUCGCCGAUCAGGGUGUGAAAAUUCACUAUGUGUCAAAUGCUCCCUGGCAGUUGUAUCCCCUACUUGAACGAUAUUUCAAAAUGGUAGGAUUGCCUCCGGGCUCCUUCCAUCUCAAACAGUACUCGGGCAUGCUUCAAGGAAUCUUCGAGCCCACUGCAGAGAGGAAACGGGGGUCAUUAGAACAGAUUCUGCGCGACUUCCCAGAACGAAAAUUCAUCCUUGUCGGUGACAGUGGUGAAGCUGAUCUGGAGGUUUACACCGAUAUUGUCUUGGCAAACCCUGGCCGUAUCCUAGGCAUCUUCAUUCGUGAUGUUACAACCUCGGAAACCCAAAAGUUCUUCGACAAAUCUGUCGGCCAUCUUGAUCAGUCUAAACGCAGUCGCAGUUCACCAAAUGUGGUGGAUCACUCGGACGCUGUUACCAACAGACCGGCGCUGCCGCCUCGAGGUGGCACUACUGCUGCUGACUCUACGGUGCCCAUAGUCCAUCAUGAUCCAGAUCCAACCAAUCUUGACCUUGAGGACCUGAUUGAUCUCACCGAUCUCAUUAUCGGCGAUCAGCCACCUCCAUCGGGCCUUACACACCCCGCCACUCCAAGGCCACGUCCAGCGAAACCAAUCAAACCAUCUGCACUACGCAUGGUUUCUACGCCAGCUGACCUGGCGAAGAACUCCAGACCGUCCUCUCUGCGCAACGUUGCUAUGCAGUCUGAUGUGCCAGAAAAAGACUCCAAACCGACGCCAGUCCAGGAGCCCCCCAAGCGCAAACCAGUCCCGCCUGUGCCGCCCAGACGUGCAGUGCCCAAGACAGGUUCAUUGAUUGAUCUGGAUUCCUCGCCUUCAGCUUCUCAGAGUAGCAUUAGAACGUCCACGAAUGAAGACCCUUCUUCUUGGCUCAAAGGCCUCGAUGAUGGUUCUGCGGGCUCUCGAAAUCAAUCGCAAGCUACACGCACCAAGGCACUACCGCCUCAGCCCCCUCCGCGUCGCGUAAACACCGAGUCGUCGACCUCCAGUUCAAAUUCCUCCAGUUCGUCAACUACGCCGCCUCGGACUACAGGUGGCAUUCAAUCGUACCCAGCGGCAGCUGCCCAGGCUGCAUACCAAGGGUUACAAUAUGCCAGCGACCGACUGAACCUUUCGGGGUCCUCAUCUAAUCAAUCACUUGGAAGAGCAGGGGCCAAUGGCGAGUCGGGUGUACCACCUGUGCCCCUACCUAAUAAGCGCGAGGAACUAUGGCGACGUCGCUGGGAUCGCGCAAGCGAGGUGCUUGAACAGCACGGCGUUACGCUAGGCAGUUGGCGGGUCGGAAGCGAUGCGCAGCCUGUUUGUGCGUGGUUAAUCGAUGAGGCAAUGAAAGAUAUCAAGGCUGGUCGUUCGAAGCGGGACUAA